CAUGCAGCCGGGGAGUGCUGCUGAGGGGGACCGGCUGCUGCGGCUGCCGCCGCCCCCUGGACCGCAGAAGGACGAGGCGACACUAGGCGGCUUUGAGCCCUGGGCUGCCUCGCAGGAGGGAGAGGACGCUGCUGGAGACCCAAUGGGGGUGAAACUCCAGGAAAGUUUGGGCACGGCUGUCCUCUCCCGUCUGGAUGCGGAGAUCCUUCCCUCAAAAUCCAGCUCACCGGCUUCAGGAGACGCUCCCAGCGGGGAAAUGAUGGACCAUGCCACUGUGUCUUCUGCAAAGAGGGACUUGAAGGAGCCGGGGGGCUUAGAUCUGGGAGAGGAGCGGUUACAGGGGAAAGAGACUUCUUUGGUCGUGAACCAUCCGCUUCAGGAAGCAUUUCCAGCGAACGAGGAUGCCUCUUGUAACCCUCACUUGGAUGCAGAGGAGAGAAAUUUGCCAGAGGUGGCUGCUGCCGCCAGCGGAUAUCCCAGGGGAAAUGAAAAAUCUCUGCUGCAGGCCCCUCUUUCCCCCUCACAGGAAAAGUUGGCAUCUCCACCUUCCUGUAACUCUUCUUUGGACUCAGAAGCCCCAAGUCCAGAGAGUCCAGGGGGGGACCAACAAGUGGAGGCUUCUCCACCUUCUGAAGAUGGAAAACUCAAACAUGGGGCAAAGCGGGUAACGUUUCCUUCGGAUGAGGACAUAGUCUCUGGAUGUCUGGAGCCUAAAGAUCCUUGGAGACAUGGUUAAUGGAAUUUCAAAGUGGUUAAAAUAGAAUUACUUCACAUAUUAUUUUCUGGAAAUGGAUUUUGGGUGUAGCUUUUUGAAGCAGGGAUUAAGUUUUUGACAGGAUUCUGGCAUCUAGUUGCUGAAUUAAAGAAUGAUGUGUUCAGCAUCUUAGAAAUGACAUUUCAAAUCAAUGCAAAGGAUAUUGCAUUCUAUUAUAUUCAUUAAACCUGGCCACUGGCUGGUAUUCCGGAAGCUCAAGACGUAGAGUAACUUUUUCCUAAUGGAAAUAAAAUAAGGUUCAUUUGUUUUUAAUGUGGUAUGUGAGAGGUGUCUCAUUGUCUAGUGACUGUCUCUACCCAUUGUGCUCAAAGUGAUAAGUGCACCAUGGACUAACUCUGUCAGCAUUUCUAACUAAUGAAACAGUUGGAGUCUUAUACUAAUCUCUGGACUACUUAGAAGUUAAACUACUGUACAUCUUAAUGAACAUAUUGGACAUUUUAGAGAAGUUAAAGAUGUGGGUUUGUAUGUGUGGUGAGGGCAUGACAGAGAGGUAUGGGUCAUCCAGUAUAGUGAUGGUACUGAAAGUAUCAGGUCAAAUUAAUCUCUGAAUUUGGUAAUUCUUCUUAAUGGUUUGGAUCCUUGUAAUGACUUCUCUAGUAAAUUUACUGACUAAACAGAAAGUUGUAUAUGCAUGGGAGGAAGAAAUAUUUAAGACUUCAGUCUUUCUUUCUCCUUAUGUAGCUAUAGGUUUAGUUUUAGUAAAACUCAUCUUCUGAAAAUUGAGUCUAACCUUUGGCAAGAAUGGUGAUGGACAGACUUCACUUCAGGCAUAAGAAAAUCUGAAACUCUUGUGUAAAUCUGAUAGGAGUUUUUGGAAAGUAAAUGGGUCAGUUUGCUUUGUAGUAACAGGCUUACAUUUACAUUUAAAAUUUUUAAUGUAUACUGCAGUUAUUGUAGCAAUGUGUGUAAUAUUGAGGCUGCA